AUGAGUUAUGCGGAAAAACCCGAUGAAAUUACAAAAGAUGAGUGGAUGGAAAAACUCAAUAAUUUACACAUCCAAAGAGCUGACAUGAAUCGCUUAAUUAUGAACUAUCUUGUUACAGAAGGUUUUAAAGAGGCUGCUGAGAAGUUUCGAAUGGAAUCUGGAAUUGAACCUAGUGUUGAUCUAGAGACGCUGGAUGAAAGGAUAAAAAUUCGGGAGAUGAUUCUCAAGGGCCAGAUUCAGGAAGCCAUUGCACUGAUCAAUAGCCUUCAUCCAGAGUUAUUAGACACAAACCGGUACCUUUACUUCCAUUUGCAGCAGCAACAUUUAAUCGAACUGAUUCGGCAGCGGGAAACUGAAGCUGCUCUGGAGUUUGCUCAGACUCAGUUAGCAGAACAAGGAGAAGAGAGCCGGGAAUGUCUGACGGAGAUGGAGCGCACACUUGCUCUCCUUGCUUUUGAUAAUCCAGAGGAAUCCCCUUUUGGAGAUUUGCUCAACAUGAUGCAGAGGCAGAAAGUGUGGAGCGAAGUAAACCAAGCUGUGUUAGAUUAUGAAAAUCGUGAGUCAACCCCCAAACUGGCUAAAUUAUUGAAGCUACUACUUUGGGCUCAAAAUGAACUGGACCAGAAGAAAGUAAAAUAUCCCAAAAUGACAGAUCUCAGCAAGGGGACAAUUGAGGAACCCAAGUAAAAUGUGCAGAUGGACACUAAAUCUCACACCUGCACAGUGAUUAUACAUUUUUAAUCAGUCUGUGACUGAAAUAUUUUUACUACAGUUCAGGACUUUUGCAAUUUGGUUGUGUGUGGUUUUUUUUUUUGUUGUUUCUUUCCUUGGGAAGCAUACUUUAAAGGGAAGGGGUCCCUUUUAAAAUGCAGCAAAAUG